GCUGUUGCGAGCAACGAUUCGGCCAGGCUGCAUGACCCUCGAAGAAUCCGACGCAGAGCUUCUGGUCGUAGCAUCGCCGAAGAAAUAGAAAACGCCAUCUCAGCAUGCCUUAAGCUACGCGCCGAGAACACCGAGCGUAGGCCUCGCAACCUCGCGGAGCGACGAGACAAGCCCGCAUCCUCGUUCUCGGCUGCAUCUAUAAAGGCGCAUACUCAUUUACAGCAACAGGAAAUCCGAGGCAAUGCACCUCGCUCGACGUCUCCU